AUGUGUCUUUGCAGGGCACGGCGCUCCCUGCCCCUGCCUGGCCCCCGGAGGUGGCUGGCGCGGCGGCGAGGCCCGGCGGGCGCGGAUCUGGAGGGCGCGGGGGCCAUCCCCUUCUCCGCUAGCAAGGCCAGUCCGCGGGUGUGGAGCGUCAGCCGUUCCAUGGGGAGCGACCACGAGAGGCCGUGGGCGAAGGUGCUGCCUCUCAGUCUGCUGUGCGCUGGGCUGUUGCUCUGGUGCGUCUUCAGGGAGAAAACGGAGAUCGAUGAGCGACUGGAGGCGGUUUUCUCCGGUCGGAUCGCGGACUCUUCAGAUGUGGCCCAAAAAAGCAACGCUCCCCUGCAACCGCGGAAGGACGAAUGA